CCACGAGAGGGCGACAGUGUUCAGUCUUUGACAGCUUCAAAGCCGCGGAACCUUUGCUGAGUGACGACGAACAACAUUUUACUGUGGCGGACCAACAUGGCCGCGCUGGGGAGGGUGAUAACCUGUUUCCGUCUCCUCAGGAGUUCAGCACGUGUCCUGUUCAGCAGCAGAAGACCUGCAGUCCAUACAGCGGGCAAAUGGACAAAUAUUGUGUGUACAGGUAUAGCGUCUUUGACUGUGGGCUGUGGGCUGUGUGCUGUACCUUUCAGACAGGUUGAAAACCUCUCUCAUGACUCUCUGAUCAAACGAGCAGCCUCUCUGGUUACAGACAGUUCAAGCUCUUUUCUCUCUCAGACCACUUUGGCUCUUAUAGAUGCCAUCACGGAGUACUCAAAAGCUGUACACACACUCAUUGCCCUCCAAAGGCGAUAUUUGGAUUCACUGGGAAAACUGACUCCAGCAGAAGAGGAUACAAUCUGGCAGGUGAUCAUUGGCCAGCGUUCAGAGGUUAGUGACAAACGAGAUGAAUGCAUGCGUUUUGAGUUGAACUGGGUCAACGCCGUCAAGCUGUGUGAAACGGCAGCCGAGGCAGCAUACAUCUCAGGAGCUGAACAUGCAUCCAUCACAGUGAGGACAAACAUUCAGGUGGCCCAGUCGCAGGUGGAGGAGGCCCAGAAACUGUCUGUAGAUGCAGAUGCGAAGUUGGCUGAGACUAAAGUAAUGGAGGUUGAAAGGGUGUCCCAAUAUGUUGCCUCCUUAGAGAAGAGUGAUGAGGACGAGGUGCCUGAGGCUUAUUUAAGAGAAGACUGAAACAAAUAUCCUGAGUUUUAGAAAACAAGAAAACAUAAAAAAGUUUAUUUGCUUUCAAAGUAAAUAUCUUUUAAUGUCUUCUCUCUUUUUAGUCUUUAACAUGUUUGUCUGUGACUCGUUAUGUAGAUUGUGCUCAAAUGUGCUUACAUCUGCACAUAAUCGGCAAUAUAAAAAAAAUAAUGUUGAAUAAUGACUAUCAACUGCUUCUGCAGUAUAGAGGAUUAAGUUUCGAUCCACUAUUUAUUGUAUUGUGACUCGACCAGCAUCUGAUUUUUUUGUUAUAUUUUGUCAAAAUUCAUUGUAAUAAAAACAAGACAGUAAUAAAAC